CCGAUGCCAUGACUGAGGACGCGUCCUUCCUCCGCUCAGAGAACCAUGCACUGCUGGCAGAGCCCUGCUGUUAUGAACCGACCGAGGAGGGCAGUUAAAGGGAUCACCUGUGGAUGUGCGCUGCCAAGAUGACUUAUUUAAAGAAAACUCUAAUUUUACUGCUAUGCCUGUGCGUUACUGGGGAAUGCCGUAAACACAGCCACCGGCCGCGAAGAUGGACCGGUAACGUGGACACCAAGAAGCAUGGAACCUCCUUGGUAAAGAAGCCUCCCGACGUGACGAAGUCUCGCAAAAUGAAGACAGAGCAUCUGCUCAAAGUAGAUGAUCACGACUUUACCAUGAGGCCAGCAUUUGGAGGUCUAUUUGCACAGUAUACACAAUCAAAGGCUUUAUAGUGGGCAUGGAUGAAGUCGCCAUAGAUGAGGCCACUGAAGACACCGCUGUUGAUGUUCUUAAAGAACGUGCUUCAAGUCCUGCAAUUCCAGUUGGAGUAGAUGUUCAAGUGGAGAGCUUGGACAGCAUCUCUGAAGUUGAUAUGGAUUUCACCAUGACCUUGUACCUGAGGCACUACUGGAAGGAUGAGCGUCUGUCGUUCACAAGUAGCACCAACAAGAGUAUGACUUUCGAUGGUCGUCUGGUAAAGAAGAUUUGGGUCCCAGAUGUCUUUUUUGUCCACUCUAAGAGGUCCUUCAUCCAUGAUACCACCACUGACAACAUCAUGCUGCGUGUCUUUCCUGAUGGACAUGUUCUCUACAGCUUGAGAGUGACAGUGACAGCAGCCUGUAAUAUGGACUUCAGUCGCUUUCCUCUGGAUUCUCAGACCUGCACACUGGAACUGGAGAGUUAUGCUUACACAGACGAAGACUUGAUGCUGUACUGGAAGAGCGGUGAUGAGUCCCUCAGCACUGAUGACCGUAUUUCCUUGUCACAGUUCCUCAUUCAGAAGUUCCACACCACAUCUCGCUUGGCCUUCUACAGCAGCACAGGCUGGUACAAUCGCCUCUACAUCAACUUCACAUUGCGACGCCAUAUCUUCUUCUUCCUGCUGCAGACGUACUUUCCCGCCACACUCAUGGUGAUGCUUUCAUGGGUGUCCUUCUGGAUCGACCGUCGGGCUGUGCCGGCCCGAGUUUCCUUGGGCAUCACCACUGUACUGACCAUGUCCACCAUCAUCACUGGAGUGAAUGCAUCCAUGCCGCGGGUGUCCUACAUCAAGGCUGUGGACAUUUACCUUUGGGUUAGCUUUGUCUUUGUCUUCUUGUCCGUGUUGGAGUAUGCCGCAGUCAACUACCUGUCAACUGUGCAAGACCGCCGGGAGCGCAAGAUGAGAGAAAGGGCACAAUCUCAGUCACUGCCAUGCACCUGCGGUAUCUCCCAAACGCGAACCAUGACCAUGAUGGAUGGUACCUACAGUGAAGCUGACACCAACAGCCUGGCUGGCUACACUGCAGAGCCGAUGGUGCCUGAAGAAGAGGAGAUGCACCAUGUACCAGAGAAACCUGAACAGAUGGUGGUCCAUCUGUCGGUAAGCAGCGAGUCCACCAGCACCAAGAAGAAGAAGAGUCUGCGUGGCCUCAAUAUCAUCCAGAAUACACAUGCCAUUGACAAAUACUCACGGAUGAUUUUCCCUGGUUCAUAUAUCUUCUUCAACCUUAUCUACUGGUCAGUCUACUGUUGAUCAACACUCAAAGGUCAGGACUGAGGCCAGAGAGAAUAUUAAUGCUACAUCAAUGGGACCCCUGUGGAUUAAUAGUGCUGUUGUGUGUAUAUCUGUUGCCAGAAGAUAACUGUGUCUAAAGUCAUGGUCAGUAGCCCAACCUGAAGAAAGGAACUGUAAAGCUCUGAAAAGUUCUGCUUUGCCACCGCAAAGGACCAAACUUUCUUGGUUGUUUUCCUGGAGCAACAAUUUGAAUGUUCAUAAAUGUUGUACAUUUAAACAAAACAUAGCUGUGAAUGGUGUCUUUAAGAUACAGAUGCUAAUUCUCUCUUUGUUUUUUAAGCUUCGUCAGCUGCCAACUGCCCACGAAAAGUUCUUUGAUCUCAUAAUGAGGGAGUGAGUUUUUGUGUUUGAAUGGCAGAACUUAUAGACAAGCAUUAAGGUACACUGUGCAUAUCUUCAUAGUUGCAACCUAGCUCUGCUAGGGGAUGAGGGAAGAAACAUUAAACCACACUGAAUACUUCUUUUUUUUUUGUUAAAGUUUAUUGUUUUUGG